AUGGCAAGUGGGACGGAGAAUGCGCACAUAUCUGAAAUAUUUUCUCUCGCUGUGACCCCUACCCAGAUCUUAUCAGCCUCGGGCGCCUCCUCGCUCAAGGCCCAUUUGGCCAACGAAGAAGGAUUUGGCAUAGCCCAAUCUCUCUCAGCAGCCCACAAGAUUGGUUGUCAUCAUCUCACCACGGCAAAAGGGUCUGGCUGUUAUGCGGCCAGUGUUGGCUUUGGAGGAGAGGUAAAGCUAUGGCGUUUCGAGGAUGGGAUGUGGAAUGAAGACCUCAAAGAUAAUGGCAAGGUAAAAGAUAUAUGGGCCAUUUCUCUGUCCUCAGAUGCGAGGUACCUUGCCGGCACCACCCAUGAUGGCCGUAUCAAGGUCUGGGACCUUCAAAAUAACAUAGAGGAGGUAUGGAAUUUUGAGACGAGAGGGAGCUUUGGCAUGUGUGUUGAUUUGUCACCGGAUGGGCGUUUGAUCGCGUCAGGCCAUCAAAGCGGGAGCGUUUACGUUUUUGACCUCGCAGAAGGAAGGAUGCCGUUCUCGUUAUCAGGUCUUGCCGCACCCGUUAGAGCGGUAUCGUUUUCUCCCGGAGGAAAGUUACUGGCUGCUGCUGGGGACUCUACAAUGAUUAUGAUUUAUGAAACAAGCUCUGGGGAGCAGUUUGCAACACUGAUCGGCCAUGCCGCGUGGGUUACCUCCUUAGACUGGAACGACUCUGGCGAAUACCUCCUAAGCGGUUCGUUUGACGGCAAAGUUAAAGUGUGGUCAAUUGAGCGGAAGGCCUGUGUUGCGACGCUCUCGGAAUCUGACAAGGCUAUAUGGAGCGUUAAAUGGCUGCCGAAGGUGGGAAAGGCAGAACGGUUCGCGGCAGCAGGUGCCAGCCAGAGCAUUGCAUUAUACCGAGAAGCUAACAGUAGCUAA